GCUUACCCUCUCAUGGUACCUCUCAGUGGCCCGGAGGGAAGGCUUGGAUUUGCAUACUGGCACAUCCAAAGCUCUGAGGAGAGGAGAUUGGAGGGUGGGAAAAUCAAUUUUGUACAAACUCCAUAUAAAGAAAGAAGAAGAGACCCAUUGAGGGCUGAGAACCGAGCCAACUGGAGACAGACCUGCAAUGUUGGACACCAUCGUCCCUUCCGUGCAAGACCUGGGCAGGCAGGUGCUGCCUACGCUGCUGUCGCUGAGCCAAGAGGAAGUCUCUGCUAUCUGGGCAAAUGUGUCGGAAUUUGUGGAACGGCAGCUAUCCCUGCACAAGGGGGUUCAGAUUCCAGGACUUGGAACUUUCACUUUCAUGAGACAAAAACUUGAAGUGGGAAACAACAAGUUUAUUCUGAUUCAGAGACCCAUGUUUAUCAUGGCCGAGAAGUUAGUUCAGAUUCAUGGACUCAAGCAAAACAAAAUAUAUAUUCCUGGUGACAUCCCAGUUGUUCCACUUAAUUUUGUCAUGAUAUCCCUGGAAGGUCCAUUUAGCAGGGAUACAGUGGAAGGAUGUGUGAAGGAGACAUUGCUUUUUUUAUCACGAUCCAUUUCCAUCAAACAAAAUGUGGAAUUUACUUUCAAAGGAAUCGGGGUCCUUGUGAUUAAAGACAACAAAGUGAAGAUGAGAUUUUAUAAGGACUUCCUUUGUUCAGUGGAUGGAAGUGGGACUUUGGCAAAAGCCCUAGCAAAUAGGCCUGACACUGUGGACUCCGUGUUGUCUAGCAGAGAGAUCUCAGGGAAGCGACCCAACAGUGUGCUUGCAUUUCCAAGGAUUGAGCUCAAGGAGAUGGAGAACAAACCACCUAUGGAGACCAUUGUAGAAGAAGGUAGAAAGAAUAGACAAGGGAAGUGCAAAUUAAAAGACCAGCCAGACAAAGAAGAAGGCAUCAGAGAGAUCUUAUCACCCAAGAGACUUCAGGAUAAACAAGCCAUAUCCCCUCCCAAAAUGACAAGUGCCACCUUGCUGAACAAGUUAGAGCGUAAUGGGAGUGGCGGGAAGAUUAUGAACCCUGAAAGUUUGUCAUCUCCAGGUUGUUUGAAAAGUGAAAUGAAGCCUAAACUUUCUCCAGUCCCCACCUGCCAGGAUCAUAAUAAGGCAGGACAGGAGAUGUGUUAUGUGUGUUUGCAACGAGCACAGCGUAAUUCCCCAUUGUGCUACAGUGAGGAAAGGAAGAGGAGAGAGAUAGAAGAUGAGCGACUCAUUCAGCAGUAUCAAAUCCUGAAGGACCAAGAGGCUCUCUUAAAACAGCAGAUGAGAAGUCUGGCUAAUAGAGAACAAAAUCAGAAAAAUGCUGCCUACAACCUUGGAGUUGCUGAAGCUAUAAGAAUCCACAAGAAUGAGAAACCUGAAUUUUAUAAAUCUUUCCUCUUUGAUAAACGGCCACUCAGUCCUGAGAUUAAUGCUCUAAAACAAGAAGAAUAUUCCCAAAGUCUCCUGAAACAAAUGGAUAACAGACGGGAAAAAGAAAUAAAGCUAAGACAAAACAGAGAGUUGAUGGACCGCCUAGAACAAGUACAACUCACAGAGGAACUCGCUGCACAAAGAGCCCAGUAUAUAAAAGAUAAGAUGGAAGAAACACAGUGUUACAAGAGAGCUUUGGAUGCGCAGAUAAAGAACAAACCCCUGCAACUUCCCAUGUUUGAGCCAGACUCUAGUGAGCCCAUCUUUGGUAAGGAUGAGGGUGAGCUGAUGGUGGAAAAGCGAAAGCGAGAACAGAAUUACAUGAAGCACCAGCUGGAGGCCGCUGCCAGCCACAGGAGGAGAACCAUCCUGCAGCAGCUGGUGGAACAGAAUCGGGAUUUGCAGAUGCUUCUGAGGACACAGAGAGAUACAGCUUCUUAAAAGAGUUGUCCAGACCAGCACGAUCCAUUGGAAAUACAAUGUGAGUGACAAAUGUGCUGCUGUGCUCAACUAGACACCGACCUGAAACUUGGGCUCUUUCUCAGCCUCCAAUAAAGCCCCUUCCUUCAAAGAACUGUUGAUGAAGUGAGCUGUACUUAUGGCAGGCGAGGUGUGGUGAAAGCGGCAGGGUGGGCAAGGCAGGACUUGAUGCCCUAUCAGUGAAAAUAUAUGAAAAUUCAACCAUCAGAUACCCAGUUUCUUUCUUUCUUUCCUUUUGAUUUGAUGAGUCAA